AUGUCCUACUGCACCUAUUGUAUUGAAUGUCGGUGGAACGAAGUUCUCAACGUCAGAAGCGACACUCAAAAGUCGCCCAGCAAGCGAGGACUGCUUUUUCACAACACUGGACUACUCGUAAUAACUUUCCAGAAGGGCGAAGUGUUCAUCGAUCGUGAUCCUACUCUGUUCAAGUAUAUCCUCAACUACCUGCGAGAUGGCCGAAUGAUGUUCCCAGACGAUGCCCUCACAACAGCGUUACUAUUUCAGGAGGCGAAGUUCUAUGGCCUCGGUCAUCUCGUCGAACAAAUCUCGCUGCUCUCCAAGAAUUCCACUGGCUACCACGACAUCAAAGCGCCGAGAAAAUGA